ACCACCUAUUUUGAUACCGUUAUUGUGUCUGACUUAAGAUUCUUGAUGUCUAUACAAAAGCUUGUGACCGCAUCUUUCUGUAUUGUGUGUUAUACAGCCGGUAAUAAGUAUACAUCUGUAGAAUACGCACAGUAUCAAGAUGCAAUGUGGGAUUUGUGCCAUCAAUAGUUGAGUUCGGUUGGUGUUGCUGAUGUGGUGAGGACCCUCAAGGUGAAGUCUGCUUAGGGCCCACUAAAGGCUAAGACCGGCCCUGGUUGGGAGGGAGUACUUUUAUUUGCAGGGUCUUUUGCAGGGUCUUCUAUUUAUUGUAACUUGUGUGAGGCGCAUGCGCACUGGCCUCCUCCGCGUGUAUUGCUGUUUGGCCCGCUGCCUGCGCGCUGCCGCUGCUCGUCCUCGUCCACUUUAAACCUGGUUUAACCUGAUCCAGCGCCGACCUGGACCGGACCGAGCCGUGCCACGAUGUGUGAGACGGUGAAAUAUGUGGAUGAGGAGCACAAGAGCGUGUUUCUGAAGCUCCUCAAUGAGCAGCGCCUGGAGGGAGAGCACUGUGACAUUGCUGUGGUGGUGGAGGAUGUCAAGUUCAGAGCUCACCGGUGUGUGCUGGCAGCGUGCUCCAACUACUUUAAGAAACUCUUCAAGAAACACGAGGUGGAUAACUCAUCAGUGAUUGAAAUAGACUUCAUUCGCUCAGACAUCUUUGAGGAGGUGUUGAACUACAUGUACACGGCUCGAAUCAGCGUCAAGAAGAAAGAUGUUAACCUAAUGAUGUCAUCAGGACAGAUCCUCGGCAUCCGUUUCUUAGACAAGCUCUGUUCUCAGAAACGUGACGUCUCAGAAGAAAAGGACAAGUUUCCAUACGACAUUGUGAAGUUGGCGCUCCCGCCAGAGGCCCAGCUGCCCCCUGACGCAGAGGUGCUGGGGGAUCAUGAUGACCCACCCUCUGAUGACCUCGUAGAGUCCUCGUCCAAUCAGGAGCUGGAUAAAUCCCCCACUGCAGCUUUAAGAGUCCAAGAGGCUAUACUGAAAGAGCUCGCUAACGAGGACGUGCACAAGGUGGCAUGUUACGACCAAGACGUGGACAUGGAGGGCGGGGCCAAAGAGCUGGAGGCAGACUCAGGGACUCAGACUUUGGGCUUUGGGGGGGACCUCGGGGGGGUGAAGGACGAGCAGCCCGCCUGGAGCAGUGACAUGAAGCUGGAGUACCUGCUGUACGGAGCCAGGGAUGCACUGAGCUGCCACGUCUGUGGAAAGGGGUUUCUCGAUGAGAACAAGCUCCGGAAACAUGAGAAGCUUCACUCUGCAGAACGACCGUUUGGCUGUGAGAUCUGCACCAAGGCCUUCACCACACACGCACACCUCAAAGAGCACUUAAAGAUCCACACUGGCUUUAAGCCAUACAGAUGUGACGUUUGUGGGAAGUCAUUUAUUCGAGCUCCAGACCUGAAGAAACAUGAGAGAGUCCACAGCAACGAGAGGCCCUUUGCCUGCCAAAUGUGUGACAAGGCAUUCAAACAUAAGUCUCAUCUGAAGGAUCACGAGCGACGACACAGAGGAGAGAAACCCUUCGUCUGUAAUUCUUGCUCCAAGGCCUUCGCCAAGGCGUCUGACCUGAAGCGUCACGAAAACAACAUGCACAGCGACAGGAAACUGUCUGUUCAUGGAGACGAACUACAAGCCGCCGCCUUAGCCGCCGAGGAGUCCCAACUCGAACAACAUCUGGAGAGUAUCGCCUGCUCCUGAGACCAGAGACGAGAGACCAGAGACGAGAGACCAGAGACACCAGAGACACCAGAGACACCAGAGACACCAGAGACACCAGAGACACCAGAGACACCAGAGACACCAGAGACACCAGAGACACCAGAGACACCAGAGACACCAGAGACACCAGAGAGACCAGAGAGACCAGACCUCCAUGGGCAGUCUGCUUUGACUCUGCCCCUUCACUUUUUUAAUUUUCAUCAAAAUGAUAAACAAAACUGAACUGAACAAACUGUUUAUUAUAAAUGAAGAUUGAAACUUGGACCUGGUUUAGUCCUGGUUUAGUCCUGGUUUAGUCCUGGUUUAGUCCUGGUUUAGUCCUGGUUUAGUCCUGGUUUAGUCCUGGUUUAGUCCUGGUUUAGUCCUGGUUUAGUCCUGAUUUAGUUUUAAAUUCUUUAUAAAAAAUGUUACACUAAAUUAUGUUCAAACUUUGACAGAAGUGUUGUUUUCUGUUUCUGUUAGAGCUGUAACUUUGUGACUGUGAUUUUUGUAAAUAAAAUUUCAGAUAUUGUAAAUAGUAAUUAAAAAAUGUGUUUUAAGCUCC